UAUUUUUUUAUUUUCUUUUCCCUCAGCGACAGAAACCUCGCCCCUCCCCCAUCUCCCACCCUGCUCGCGCGUCAGUGUUUAUCCCAUUUCAAUUUUCAUUUUUCUUUUGAAUGAUUUUUCUCUGAAUUGGUUGGGAGGGUCGUUCCAAUCACUCCAUUUCGUUCCUUUAGGGUUCUUAGGACAUGUGCUCAAUCCAUGUGUUUUGAUCUGUUUUGAUUUCUCAUGCGCGUGUGCCGUGGUUCCCUUGGCUCGUUGCUCCGAUCCAAGAGUUGCAGAUUUUGAAUUCAGCAAUGGCAUCGGCGCAGAACCCAGCGCCGAACGUGGAUCUCUUCGAUGCCUACUUUCGACGUGCCGAUUUGGAUCGCGAUGGUCGAAUUAGUGGCGCUGAAGCGGUUUCCUUCUUUCAAGGCUCUGGAUUGCCCAAACCGGUUCUUUUUCAGAUUUGGGCGCUUUCAGACCCUAGACAGAUUGGCUUCCUCGGUCGGGCGGAGUUUUAUAAUGCCCUUAGGCUGGUCACCGUAGCACAGAGUAAGAGGGAAUUAACUCCUGAUAUUGUGAAAGCAGCGUUGUUUAGCCCAGCUGCAUCCAAAAUACCAGCACCACAAAUAAAUUUCAAUACUCAGCCUGCACCUCAGUUCAAUUCUACUGCACCAGUAUCUACACCUCUGAGUGGCAUUGGUACUCCUACGCCCUCCCAAAGUUCUGGGUUGGAAUUACAGGUUCCACGAAACGUCACUACGAACGUUCCGCUGGUUUCUUCUAGAGAGAGUCAGUUAGUUAGGCCUCCGUUGGCAACUUCAAAUUCUGCUUUCCGUCCAGCGCAGGGAUUUUCAGGAGUCAGCACUGUCUCGGGGCCACCUCCGACAAAUUCAAUCAUCUCAAAUGAUUGGGUUAGUGAACGUGCCAGUGGAACUCAGGGGACACCCUUGCAACCUCCGAACAGAGGAGUCAGUCCUGCUGGAAUGCAGGUCGGAUUUGGCCAAUCAAGUGCUGGACUAACAACUUCUCAACCCCAAAGGCCUCAGUCUGCUCCUGGAGUAAUGCCGGCUGCAUCAUCACCUGUGGAGAGUAAAGUGCAAGGUAUUUCUGGAAAUGGGACUGCUUCUGGAUCUUAUCUUGGAAGAGAUGCGUUUCCUGCAACCCCAGUUUCUUCAAAACAAGAUGUCCCUACUGGCAAUAAGACUUCCACAUCAGUCACUGUUCCUGUGUCUUCUGUUACACAACCAAUAGUUAGAGCAACUUCCCUUGAUUCUUUGCAGAAUUCUUUUAUGAAACCGCCUCUCGCUAAUCAGGCCCUACGGAACCAGCCACAUGUGAAGCCCAAUCAACAGAGCAUAUUGCAACCUGCUUCCUCUGGAUUAUCAACAGGAUUACAGAACUCUGUUUAUGGACAGUCUCAGCGCCCUUGGCCUAGAAUGACACAGACUGAUGUGCAGAAGUAUACCAAAGUUUUUGUUGAGGUGGAUAAAGAUAGAGAUGGAAAAAUUACCGCUCAAGAAGCACGCAACUUGUUCUUGAGUUGGAGGCUGCCAAGAGAGGUUUUAAUGCAAGUGUGGGACUUAUCCGAUCAAGAUAAUGAUAGCAUGCUUUCUGUCAGGGAGUUCUGUAUCGCACUUUAUUUGUUGGAGCGGCAUAGGGAAGGACAUGUUCUUCCUGCUAUGCUUCCUAGCAACAUCAUGUUUGAUUUUCCCAGCAAUGGUCAUCCUGUGACUCCAGCUGCAUCUAACCAUAGCAAUGCAGCUUGGAGAACGACAGCUGGUCACCAACAGCACCAAGGGGUUCCUGGGUCUGGUAAUCUUCAUGGAGCUCCUACAAUUGGCGUACGUCCACCUAUACCUGCUGCUGCCCUCCCGGUUGAGGAUGAGCCACAGACCAAUCAACCUAAAUCAAAGGUUCCCGUGCUGGAUAAAAAUCUUGUUAGUCAACUUAGUACAGAAGAGCAGAACUCCCUCAACUCAAAGUUCCAAGAAGCAGAAGAUGCUGAGAAAAAGGUUGAAGAACUGGAGAAAGAAAUUUUGGACUCUAGACAGAAAAUUGAGUAUUAUCGUACUAAAAUGCAGGAACUUAUUUUGUACAAGAGCAGAUGUGACAAUCGGUUGAAUGAAAUAUCUGAAAGAGUGUCUUCAGAGAAACGUGAGGUAGAGUCCCUUGCCAAGAAAUAUGAAGAGAAAUAUAAACAAUCUGGUGAUGUAGCCUCCAGAUUAACCGUUGAAGAAGCUACAUUCCGUGAUAUACAGGAAAAGAAGAUGGAACUGUAUCACACGAUUGUAAAGAUGGAACAAGAUAUUAGUGAAGAUGGUGUUCUUCAGGCUCGUGCUGAUCGUAUUCAGUCAGAUAUUGAAGAGUUGGUGAAAGUUCUCAAUGAACGCUGCAAGAGUUAUGGUUUGCGUGCAAAACCAAUAACUCUGACGGAACUUCCUUUUGGCUGGCAACCUGGAAUCCAAGUGGGUGCUGCUGACUGGGAUGAAGAUUGGGACAAAUUCGAAGAGGAAGGUUUCUCUGUUAUCAAGGAGCUCACUCUUGAUGUACAAAAUGUCAUUGCCCCUCCUAAGCAGAAAUCUAAGUCAGUACAAAAAGAAAAAGGUUCAGCCGUUGACAGCCAAAACGUUACACCUGCAGAGGAUGCUGAUACCAAGGAAGGAGGUUCUGCACCAGAUGCUGAUACCAAGGGAGGGAAACUGCCCUCUAUGGAUGAAACAGCUGUUGAAAAUGGUUCCGCACAUGAUAAUAAAAGUGAAAAUGGGUCAGCCAAAAGUGCUCCUAACAGCCCCUUCGCACCCAAAAGUGCACCUAGCAGCCCCUUCGCACCCAAAAGUGCACCUAGCAGCCCCUUCGCACCCAAAAGUGCACCUAGCAGCCCCUUCGCACCCAAAAGUGCACCUAGCAGCCCCUUCGCACCCAAAAGUGCACCUAGCAGCCCCUUCGCACCCAAAAGUGCACCUAGCAGCCCCUUCGCACCCAAAAGUGCACCUAGCAGCCCCUUCGCACCCAAAAGUGCACCUAGCAGCCCCUUCGCACCCAAAAGUGCACCUAGCAGCCCCUUCGCACCCAAAAGUGCACCUAGCAGCCCCUUCGCACCCAAAAGUGCUCCUAGCAGCCCCUUUGCAAGUAGUGUUAUUGGAAGUCCCAAGGAAUAUAUGGAUUCCAGUUUUGGAAAGGCUGCUGGCUUUGAUGCUUCACCCCGUGCUAAGGACGCUUUAAGUGAUCAUGGAGGUGCAGGAUCUGUGUUUUCUGGUGACAAGAGCUACGACGAACCAGCUUGGGGAGCAUUUGAUGCGAACGAUGAUAUUGACUCUGUUUGGGGCUUUAACGCUGGAGGUUCCACCAAGGCCGACAAUGAUGUAACCCGGGACAGCUACUUUUUCGAUUCUGGGGAUUUCGGUUUGAAUCCUAUUAGAACAGAUCCAUUCCAGGCUAAGAGAAGCACAUUUGCUUUUGAUGAGUCUGUUCCUAGCACCCCACUCGUCAACUCGGGAAAUUCACCAAAUAAUUACCAUGAUGGAUCGGAACCAAGCUUCGACAGCUUCUCAAGGUUCGAUUCUUCCAGCGUGCAUGACAGUGGUUUUUUCCCUCCCAAGGACACAUUUACACGGUUCGAUUCGAUGCGCAGCAGUAGAGAUUUCGACCAGGGUCCUGGAUUCUCCUCAUUCAGUCAAUUCGAUACAACGUACAGCAACAGAGACUUCGAUCAGGGUGGAUCCUCAUCACUGACACGAUUCGAUUCAAUGCGCAGCAGUAAGGACUUCGAUCAGGGAUCCCCUUCAUUGUCACGAUUUGAUUCAAUGCGUAGCAGCAAGGACUUCGACCAGGGAUUCCCUUCAUUGGCAAGAUUCGACUCAAUGCGCAGCAGCAAAGACUUCGAUCAAGGUCACGGAUUCCCAUCGUUCGAUGAUCCAGACCCGUUUGGAUCAACAGGGCCGUUUAGAGCGUCCCUGGAUAAUCAAACUCCAAAGAAAGGAUCAGAUAAUUGGAGUGCCUUUUAGCCAGGUUUGAAAUACUAAUUUUACGAAUGAUAUGUUGUCUAAAGCAUUCUAGAACGGGUUAAGCUAAGCUAAGCUGGGAUGAUAUGUGAUAUGAUAUGAUAUGAUAUUUGAGACGUAGGUUUGUCCUCGGUGUGUGCCAUGUUUGCCUCAGGUCGAUGCUUCUUCUGCUCACCUCGUGUAUUCAAUUUUUUAUAUAAAUUUUAAAUUCAUUUGUAUGACUUUUCUUUUUGUUUUUUUUUUUUAAAAGAGAAUGAUGCUUUACAGUAUUGGCGUGAGAA